GACGUGAACCAGAAGAUCAAACAGCUUAAGCUGGGCCAUCGAGUGGGUAACAAAACAAAGAAGCGCUCCAAACGUCUCGAACGAUCCGUAGAGAACUUGAAACGUAAGAGCGAACGCAAAAAGCAGGAUCGUGAAAUCACCCGACUUAUGUUGUUUGCAGCGGAAGCCAGUCACGACCAAGUUCCUCCCGACGCCAUUCUACCCAUGGUACGGACAAUAACAGACAAUUUCGUUACCGACAGAGCAUCUGCCGAAGCCAUCACUGUGGGCUUGAACACAAUCCGGGAGAUUUGUUCUCGAUGCCCGUACGCUGUAGACGAAGAUCUUCUUUCCGACUUGGUUCAGUACAGAUCGUACCGUAAUAAAAACGUGGUCACUGCUGCCCGUUCCCUGAUUCGACUCUACAGACAGAUCAACCCAGCUCUCCUACCGAAGAAAGAGAUCGGUCGUCCUACGGUCUCCGUUAAGGAGGCCCUCACGGAACCAGUGGAGGCAACGACAAGCGCAGCUAUCCUCGACGGUCCCUCUCGGGUGUUUGGCCAGAAACCCGUGGCCACUGGCAUUCCUGGAGCCGAAGUUCUCGUUGAGUCGGUUUCUGAAGGGAAGCUUAAGCGCAAACGCAAGCGAUCAGGGCGUCCAGCCAAGCGUGCAAACAUGGAUGCCGGACAGGACGCGCUAGAGGAGGAUGUCUCUGAGGACGACGAUGCAUCAGAGGAAGAAGUAGAUUUAGACGAUGCUAACGUGAAUUUCGAACUUAGCGGCCUGUCCAAUUUUCAAUCCAGUAAGGAACUCUUUCCGCCUUGA